CGAGUAUUAGCUUCAUUUGUCGGAGUGAGCGUCAUCACGGAAGAUCUUGACGCUGCGGAGAAGAAACGUCGAGAGUCACUAGGAGGAGGCCUACAUUUCGCCAAGAAAGGUGAGAAGACUCUACUGUCUGACGAUGAAAUCCACAACCUGUUGCAGCAGCUCGAGCAAGGUGCAAUGGAUCCUUCUAGCCUAUAUGCUGUCUCCAGCACCGACAGAGAGUGGCUUCACGAAUUACCUUGGCGCAAACGUAUAGAACUCUGGUUGAACCGAUUAUCAGCUGAAAUCCACACUUCUCAAGCUCAACAACAAGAGAGUAGUUCCUGUGCCAACACGGGUGGGCUAAUAUUAAGUCUUACGAAAGCUUUGAAAGGACAGGAGGCUAUCUGGUUACCACUUUUUCUCGACUCUGAUGAUAGGAGAAAAAAAUUCUUAGGAGCGACGGGAGAUACUAGGAAUGUGGUAGCGAUUGCAGCUGUUUUAGAUUGUCUUGCGUCCCAAUCGCUGACCGCAAUGGACAUCGAAGAAGCAGUUGGACCAGCUGCAGUGCAGUUGAAAGUCUUUGAGCUUUUGUGUCUGUCUGGGUCUGCUAACAAGACGUGGAGAUCAUGCGAUCUGCCACGUUUGGAACUAUGGUCAGAAGUUGCUCUUCGCAGUGCCACUAGCUACUACUUAGAAGUAGGUCGUUGUCAACCUCAACGGAGAGCGGCAGAGGUAGAGGAGGCGGAAGCCUCGUCCCUGAUGAAAAUUCCACUUCCUCUCUCUAACAAGCGGAUGCCUCUCCCCGAUCUUUUGCGCUUGUUGAAGGGAUUGGCACAGAAUGCGGAAACCUUGUUAGACGACCUCAAAGCCGCUGCUAGAGGAUCAUGUAGUAAAGUCGAAGAGAGUCCUCGUCAUGAUCUAUUAACUCGAAUCAUUCAAAACUUGUGUGUCCCCGCGUUAGUACAAAUAGGUCUUGCCUUCUUUCAAAACGAAAAGGCAAACGACUGCCAUCUUGCGGAAGGAGCAGAUGGGACUUUCCUUUCUCCAGCUCGAAACGGUGUGGAUCAUGUUCCCCAAGACCAAGAGCAGUCAGCGUGUGCGUGGACCCGUGACUGUGCUGACGUUUUUGAAGAGGCUCACUGUGCCUGGCUGUCCGUUGUUACUAGAGCCCUCGCUGGCGGAGUAGAGCAAGGUGAAAGUCGAAGAACUGCUCGUCUUUUCCUGCCUCUAGAGGCGCAGCUGGAAAUCGAACAACUACCCCAACAAGGGCCACCACCAGGGGAGAGGACAGUCUAUUUUCAAGUAGUGAUAGAUGAUUACAGGCAAAGAGGUCUUCAUGUACAUGUUCUUCCAGAAGGAGGUUUGUUCGAUUCCCCUGCUCAGACAAGACGCGUCAACACGGCAGAAAUAGACGGUGCAUCCUUAUUGCGAGCUGCGCGUGCCUUUGGAAAACAAGAAGUGCUGCAGCUAGAAGUACCGGAACAAUUAUACGAGCAUGAGGAACAAUUGUACAACGAGCGCGACUACCCUACACUCCUAGUAAGCGAAGCUUUGACACAAUGGCCGCGUCCGCUGCUGCUGAACAUGGCCCUUUUGAUGCAGGAACAAGGCUCCACCGAGGUCUUCUUCGGCGCAGCGUCGUUGCUCAUAGCAGAGGCGUGGGAUUGCCUUCUGGAUGCUGUG